GAAAUUGUCAUUUUUGGCACAUUCCUUCAAAUAUUUCAACGUAACUUUUCGAUACACCUAAAAAAAUGAGAGGUAUUUUCCCGAAGCUUCCCCCAAAGUAUUAUGAAAUGCCAUCCAGAUAUAAGGAUUGCUUCUAUUUGGCCAAUUCUUCUUUCUUCGACAGUGUCAACUGGUAUCUUCAUAAGGCCUAUGAAGUUGUUUUUCCACAACUUGUAGAUGAAUUGAUGAGUAUAUCAGAUCUUGAUGAAAGACAAGCCAGUAACAAAGUCUUGAAUAUAAUUGAGAUAUUGGAUCAAUGUGACAAUCUAUCAGACGUGCGAUUUCCAUUCAAGAGAAAUAAUAAUUAUUCAGAACCCAUAAGGUGUUUCAAAGUCAAACAUGGGUCAUAUGCAGGGUUUCCUUCUAGUCUGAUUGGACUAAGAGUGUCUCCUAAUAUAACAAGAGAUGAUAUGAAAGGGCUAGGAGUUCUAUCAUCCCACAGAUUGUCAGCAUUAGGAAUCAGAAGCACAGGAAUGUUUGGUUCUAUUAAGAUCGACCCCAAAGACUAUGAGACUGAAGAACUUGAGGACAUAAUGGAGCAGUAUCGUCUUAAAUGCUUGAAAGAAGAUAUUAAGGAGCUUGUUAUAGAACCUGAUAUGAUUUGUGAUGAAACUACAGCAGGUUGGAUGUUUCGUAAAUUUGUUGAUGAACAAGCUCUAUUUAUGGCUGCUGGACAAGGUGCUUUCUUCAGUAUAAAUUAUUUUCUGAAUAACGCACUGAUAACAUCUAAGUUGGAAUUUCCGACAGGAAUAUUAGGAAAAACAUUCAUUUUACAGGGUCUUGGUGGAAUGGCUUCCAACUUGGCUGUAUAUUUACAAAAUGCUGGUGCAAAAUGUGUAGGUGUUAAAGAUUACAACUCUCACGUUUAUAUGAAGGAAGGUUUGGACAUUCAUGAGGUGAUAUCUUUCAAAAAGGAAAAAGGUGACUUGGUAGGCUUUGACCUGGCUAAACCUGAAGACGAUUUUGAAAUUUAUAAGAAAGAUUGCGAUAUACUGAUAUUGGCUGCAAGGCAGAAAAGCAUACUUUGUCAUUUUGCAAAUAAGAUAAAGGCAAAAUUGAUAGUAGAGGCUGCUCAUCAUCCAGUAACACCUUCUGCUUAUAUGACGUUAGGAGGUCACUCCAAAAUCGUACUACCAGAUCUUCUUGUUUGCGGAGGGUCGGCUAUAGCGAUCAAUGAGAAGAAACAGGUGGAAAAAAAUAUACUAAAUUCAAGAGCUCUUGGAAGAUUCGAGGAAAACUAUAGUAUUAUACCUGAAGACCUACACUCAGUUAUUAAAGAUUGUAAAAUGGAAGAAAAGUUUUCAACAUAUACUAUAGCAAAUGUGAUCAGUACAAUGGCUCAGGAAAUGCUGAAUACUUGUGAACGAUAUAACCUGGGAUUCGAUUUUAAAACGGCAGUAUUUAUAAUGUCCAUUAGAAAUAUAUUUCAAGAAAUUUUCACUUCCAGGAAGUUUUGACGGAAAGUCCAAAGAGAACUUGAAGAUAAGAGAAAAAUUACAGCUGUAUGUUUAGUAGUACUAUAACUUCUUUCAAUUUAUGACAGCACAUUGAAUCGACACAUGCAUGAUUUAGUACCAAAGUUAUUUUAUGUAUAUCCUUAUUUUUUUAUUCUGUGCAUUCUGUUUUGAAGAAUUGGCUGGGCUAAAUAUGGAUCUGACACGUUUGUCUGAAUUAUAUCUUUUAAAAUACGAAAAAU